AUGGUUCAAGAAAUGACCCAAUUCUCCUCUCAACCCCUCUCCUACAGCUCCCCGUACCUCUUGCCGACGUUCAAAGGCGAUCCCCAUCUUCCCAACCCGUGGGAAACCCAUUCCGCCCAUCAUCCCUACGAUGAUCUCGCCCGAGCGGGCCAGCAGGACGUUCUCCCCGGAGCCUUCGACGGCGGGGAGCAGCAUCUGCCCCUGCCGCAGGCUCCAGCAACUAGUUCGGCCAAGAAAAAGACCAGAAAGUCUAGCGCCAAGAGCAGCUACAAGCAUGUUCCUCACAGAGAGAAGCCCCCUCAUCUGGUCGCUCGACGGAACGCCCGGGAACGCCGGAGGGUGCAGGCUGUGAACAGCGCGUUCUCUCGUCUGCGUAAAAGUGUCCCCACGGAGAACAGAAACAAGAGGUUAUCUAAGGUCAAGACCUUACACAGGGCGAUCGAAUACAUUCAAAUGCUGCAAGAAAUGCUGACCAAAGCAGAUGAGGAGUUGAGCUCUGAUGAGUUGUGCCUGAUGAACGUCGAGGCAGAUUCCCUCAACAAGGAGAACGAAAUUCAUCAAAGGUGGCUUCCGCUAGCAUCGAAUUGGAAUGAGGACAACCAAAACAGCUGCAUCUCGUUCUACGACGAUUUUGCGGACGGCUUACAAAGUUAA